CUACAUUGGUCAUAAAUUAUUAAUUUUUAUCAAAAAACAAAAAUGUAAUUCACAUGCCAUAGUGACAUAUAUUAAAUAUUAAAUUUUUUCAUUUUUAAAACUGUUUCAUCUUUAUCAGACUGGUGUUAGAGAUGCAGUUCUGUUUUGUUUUUAAAGCUGGAGAAGGGGAAAUAAUUGUUCUUAAAAUAGAGUCUGACAUAAAUAUACUGCAUUGUCGAACGUAUUAUAAAAGCUAAAAAGUGUUGAAUCACUUCUGUAAAACAAAUAUUAAUUAUAUUUGACGUUCGUACUUCGUAGUUCGUUAGUUGGUUGUAUAUUUGUAUUUAUAUAUUUAAAUUAUUUUGCAUUGAUUUUAGUCAAAUAAAAAGUUAAUAAUGUGAAAUUAUAUGAAUCAUGUCUCAAAGUCAAUUUAAAUUUGAACGUAAGUCGGGCGGUGUAUCAAGAAAAUUAAAACAUGCAGGAAAUGUAUCUAAGAUUCGAGAAUUUGAAUUGGAGAAGAUAGAUUUAGUCGAGACAUUUGAUAUUGUUCAAAUUGUCGGUGAAGGAUGGUUCGGAAAAAUAUUACUAGUCGAACACCGAGGCACGGAUAACGAGAUGGUGCUCAAAUCACUGCCCAAAAAUUACACAGCCGUUAAGGAUUUCUAUCGAGAAUUCCAUUUCAGUUAUCACUUGAGCGCACAUCGAAACAUUGUGUCCACGUUUGAUGUGGCUUUUCAGACAGCCAGUUUUUACGUAUUCGCUCAAGAGUACGCGCCCUUGGGUGACCUCACAUCUAACAUAUCCGACACCGGAAUUGGAGAGUUGCACAGUAAAAGCGUCGCGAAACAGUUGGUUUCUGCCAUCCAGUAUAUCCACAGUUAUGACCUAGUCCACAGAGACAUCAAACUAGACAACAUUUUGGUUUUUAAGAGCGAUUUCUCGAGAAUAAAACUAUGUGACUUUGGUGAGACAAGAAAAAACGGCAAUUGGGUAACCCGUCGAAACGAAUGGAUCCCUUACAUGCCUCCCGAAAUCCUAGCCAUAGACACCGAACACAAAUACAAAGUAGAAACUUCACACGAUGUCUGGCAGUUUGCAGUAGUGCUGUUUGUGUGUUUGACCGGCUGCUUGCCGUGGCAGAAAGCCAGUUCCGAAGACCCGAGGUUUGUCAGUUAUGUUUAUUGGGUGUCCAGCAAUGGCAUAAUGAGUCCGUUCAGGAGGCCUAAACUGUUCAAGAUGUUAACGUCCAAUGCGCAAAGAAUGUUUAGAAAGUUCCUACAACCUAAUGUACAGUCCAGGCCUAGUGUCUUGGACGAAGUACAAAAUUUUAUCGACGAACGGUGGCUAUCAAAAUACAUGUUAGACAAAAGUAAAGUUUCAGACGAUAUAGAUGAGCUUAGUCCAUCUUUAUAUAGUUAUCAAACAGACCAGGAAGAAAAUAAAAAAUUCCUGUUGGCUUUUUCCAACUGUGGAAUCGAAACUGUUGUUGUUGAUAGAGCAGCGAAAAAAGAACGUAUCAAACAGUGGAUCCAAUCUAGUGUCAUCGAAGAAGAAGACGAAGAGGAUUCUAGCGAAGGGACCAGCAAAUUGAGUUUAUCCCGUAAAGGUAGCAAUGAUAGCAAAGAAAAUGAAUUAUACGCAUUGACCAAACGUGAAGGAUAGACUUUUAUUGCAGUUUCCUACAAAGGUUAUAUAUGAGACUGUAUCGAAACAAAAAAUGUUUGUAUAAAAAAUACCUAUAUAUAUAUAUAUAUAUAUUUAAUAUUUAUAUGUGCUUAAUACUUUUAUCAUUAAUAUAAUUAAAUUUUUAAUAAUAGUGUACCUAUAAUUAUAUUUAUUGUAAUUUUUUUAAUUAAACCAUUGCUAUUUGCUACAUACUAUACAAUA